ACACUUUUUGCGUUAACUGAAGUAAAAGCAAGAUUAUUACACAAGAACAUUAUCUUCAAAGUGUUAGUUAUAGAGUGUGUUAAGUGUGAUAGUUUCUAGUCCAACACUAGCCUUUCUGAACCAGUCACAGUUAGAUAAAUUCACGACUAAUUACCAGUCUGAACUAUCCUUGCGUGAAACAGUAAGCGUUUGUGGCGUAACUGUACGGAAACGAAUCGAGUGACCCAAACAAUCCGCCAGACGCCGCUCCUCGCUUCGCACGCAACGCACGCACGCACACUGGCGCAAGCACAUACAAACAAAAAAUCAACAAGUCGCCUCCAUGGAGGGUGUUCGUGAUUGUUGCUGUCUGCAUUGUUAUUUGAGAGUUUAAGCGAUUCGCGUUCGUCUAAUUUCCGCCAAUCCGCUCAUCUGAGGCUCCCCGAAAAUCCUUCCACAGUCCAGGUCAAACGGAUUCGCGUGUAUGAUCUCCCACGCUAGCAUGGAAGGCGACAGGCCUCUGAAUGGUGAUCUUCCGAGCUUCGUGCCGGUGGAGACGAUUCUUAAGGAAGAUGUUUCUCCGAUCACCGUCGAAACAGACAAGUCAGGCUCGCUGAUGAUGAACCUGGAGACGCGCGAGCUGUUCCUCAGCAACGAUGCUGCGUCGCCACAGCAGCAGCAGCAGCAGCAACAACAACAACAACAGUCGCAGCAACAACAACAACAGCAGCAGCAGCAGCAGCAGCAGCAACAACAACAACAACAGCAGCAGCAGCAGUUUGCGCUUUCCGCUGUGAUUGAAAAGACCUCAAACCUGCCCAAGGAUAUAGACCUCGCAGCCAAGCAGUGGGACUGCAACCUUUGCAGCCCGCUGCUGAAGAAAGCGCUGCAGCGCGAACGGUUGCAGGCAAUGCGCCAAAACCCGUCGUACCGGGAAAUGGAGCGGCUGCGGCAGCGCAGCAUGAUGCAGCUCAAGCGGCAGGACCCUGGCUUCCGCGCCCUGGAACGGGAGCGGCAGCGGGCACGUAUGCAGUUGCGCCGGCAGGACCCAGGUUUCAGGGCCAUGGAACGAGAGCGGCAGCGCAGGCGAAUGAGGCUCAAGCGACGAGAUCCAGCAUUCCGGGAGCGAGAACGAGAGCAGCAGAAGACGCGUCUCCUAGUGAAGCGCUCCGGCGACAAACUACCGGUGGCCCUGGAUGUGUCGUCGUCCUCGUCCUCCACGGCGGCUUCAACGGCAGCCAUCACGCAGGCCUCCUCUUCUCAGCUGGCACUGCCUGCGCCACCUCACCAGCAGACCUCUGGGCACACUCUUCAGUCGCACGUCCCCUCCCACCACCCAUCUUCGUCGUCACAUCCACAGUCACAGCAGUCAACUUCUCAACAGCACGGGAAAGGAGCCGGUGCCCUCAGCAAUUGCCUGGUGCCUCACGACAUGCCAAAGCGAGAUGCCACGGCUCUGUACGGUCAUCUACAGCGCAUUGUUGGCUACCACAACCUGCUGCAGGCACGCCCUCCACACCCUGAAGACCCCAGCUCAUCCUUCAAGAGUCCCUACUUUGGUGGAGAGCCGAGCAGCAGCUUGAUGGGCCGCCGCAUGGGGGGUCCCCAGGGCCACCACGGAGGUGGUGGGGGCAACAGCAGCAAGGGGGGGCACCCCUCUGGUGGGGGAGGCCGUCAGAAGGGUUUCCUGGAUGGGGGACCCUGCCACCCUUUGGGUGAGAUGUUUGCUGCCUCGUACCCGACCAUGCGGGACCAGGGCCUCGCAGCUGCCGCAGGUGCGCAGCCCUGCGGUGCCCUGGAUGGGCCUCCAUUGCUGCAUGCUGCCACGAGUGCCGAGGGUGGUGGUGGCCGCGGUAGCAGCAGCCACCCAGCAGCGCUGUUGGGGAGUGGGGGUGCAGACCUGCUGCCCUCAGUGCCUGACUGCCCCGAGUGUCUUGAGGCCCAGCGGCAGCGGUCGCAGUGUGGCCUCUGCCAGGGGCAGGACCAGCAGAUAGCAGGGCGCCCCUCGGGCCGGCGGCAGCGCUCGUCCCGCCAGUCCACUGAACGCUUCCGCUGCACCGUCUGCUCCAAAGAGUUUGGCAUGAAGCACCACCUCAAGGAGCACUACAAAUCCCACGGUGACCGCAACCUGUGCUGUCCGCACUGCGACUACCGCACAUGCUAUGGCUACGCACUGCGCCGGCACGUCAUCAUCCGCCACGACCGGCCUGCGGCACGUCAGGCACAAGUCAUCCAGCAGCUGACUGUGCAGUGACAGGCAUCUCGCAUGUGCUCCUUCGUGCUGUGACUGUUCAAUCCUGAUGCAAGUGUACAUGUGUGAGGAGAAACGAGCAGUAGUGCCCAGCUGGCACAUCACACCUAAGAGACAAAGAGUGACAAGAAUGCUCAUGCGGAAAACGGCAGUCUCUUCUCACUUUCAAAGUGUUUGGCAGGCGACUUGUUUGCUCUUGGCACAUGACUGCCUGCUAGGAAAUUGCAAAAGCUUUUCGCAAAAGGCUGGGAGGAAUGAAAGGGGUCUCAUGAAGAACAGGAUGGUACCGCCGCCUUUCUGCUGUCCGUGUUCCUCCGUCAAGUAAUCGUGGCCACAGUGUGAGUAUUAUGGGCUGCGCUGUUCAGCACAGAGAACGUAAAACAUACUGUGGCUGCUAAGCUCGCACCAGGCACCCAGGUGUCUUUUCAACGUCAGUCAGACCUGUUUCCAAGUUAACUUUGCAUUCCAACUUGUACCAGUACAAUGAGUGAGUGCUGCAGCAAGCAGCAUUAUUGCAGCCACUUCACUCGCAAUCUUAAGUUUUGCGGUGAUCAGCUGUCUUCACUCCGGGGGGUCUAGUCAUGCUCGGUGCGAUGAGCGAGGCUCCCAAGCUUAGCAAGGCUUGUGCUUGCAGACGCAGUGGUGCCUGCCACAUACAGCGGUUUGCCCUGUGAGGAUGCUUUCCAACACUGCAUAACGGUGUGGUGGCGCUGCGGUCGUCUUGAACUUUCAUCAGAGUUGUGCGGCUUGUGAUGGGAAGGCAUGAAUUACAAAGGGACAAAGCACUGUCAGUGUUGCACUUCUGCGGCGCUCUGUUCAUGCAGGGUUGAGGCAUGAAGAAAGCGCUCCCUCAAACCUGUGACUAUCAAAUAUGAGCAUAAACAUGCAAUUGGGAUGCUUUAUUUACUUUAGGCUGCUUUGUAGCUAAAAUGGGCAAUAAUCGAUCUUCAGAGUAGGCAUGGCACAGUGCAAACAGGAGAUCCUGGCACAAGGGGUGCUUUCAGGUUCUGGCAGGCAAAAUGUACUGCUGAGACAGGGAGUGAUAUAACUGGGAUUGAGCAGUUUUAAUGGGUCUUAAUUUUGAAGUAAUAAGGAACCCAUUCCUGUACCAAAAUAUUGAACACGAGUUUCUGCAUAAGGGUUUCGUGCUGCACAUUCUAUCUUAUCUUCCGGUGUAUAAGACGCAUUUUUUUUUCUGAAUUUUUGGUUGGUGCAUCUUAUAGAACGGUGCGACUCGUGUACGUUUCUUUUUUCCCCCGCAAAAACUGCUGUCAAAAUCGGAUUCGAUGUUCUGACCACGCGAAGCACGCUGGUUGACUUAAUUGCUGCGCGUGUAUUGAGGUGCCGGGUUCUUGUGAUCGAGUUCCCGAGUGCCGUGCGAGGACGGAGCUGCAACACAAGCGGCGGCAGGCCGACCGCGAGUCGAAUGACCCCGAACUCAUCACAUCUGCAGAUCGCUGUCAAGAUACGGUGCGCACCGCUGCGCUAUCUACGCAGUUGCUACCACAGUAUGCAAGCCGCCCUUCCGCGCUGCCUUCCCGCUUUCCUCCCUUGUGCGCGAUUUGGCUCACCGUCACAAGUUUUCACUCGCACAUAAAGCAUACGGCAUGCAGGGACGAUGUUAUCGCCCAUGGACUUUAUACGGAACAUCGCGGCAACCACGAUGGCAGAAAUGCGCCUGGAGUGGAAAUAUAUGGCACCCAUACGCGAGUGAAACGUCACUGUAUUUUUUUUAUUUUAAUCUCUUACUGAACGAACAGGUGCAUCUUAUAAACCGGUGCGACUUACAUACGUUUUUUUGUUAGUUUUUUUCUGGAAAACUGCCGUUCUGAGGGGGGUGCGUCUUAUACAAAGGUGCGACUUAUAGUCCAGAAAUUACGGUAAGUGUUUUUUUGUGGGUUCCGAUACUCACUGCCUGAUUUACAGUUGUCACAGCCACGGGUCUUGAAUUUUUACCAUGGUAAUUGAAGGCAUGUUAGGUGGGUUUCUCAAUUUGAAAUUACGUGAAUGCAAAAAGGAAUUGAGCUUUUCAUAAUGUGCAAAAUGAGGCCCCUCGCUAGUCUGAGCUUCCUGUGAACUGCUGUGUACAGUCUUUAUGCCCAGUACUGGGUCAUCUUGUACAGUCGGGCAUCCUCACAAAGCAUGCUGUAUAUUGUAGCUACAAUGUGUUGCACUGAAAAAACACUUUUUAAUCCCUUAACCGUUUUAGUAUUUUGACAAUUUCUGUGCCCAAACUGCUUACUUAAAAAAAUUUGAUAUUGAAUAUUUUCCUUCUAAAAAGCAAGUUCUCGGGUGUUGAAAAAAAUUCUUCUGAGCAGUCUUCUUCAUCUGAUGAACUGCUAAUUUCGAAGUCAUCGCUAUUGCUUUGUUUCCAGAAAUGAAGUAAACUGCGGUUUCUGAAUCAUUAUCGUCCAAAGAGGUGGACGACGACGAAAUGCUUCUUUUCCACGACGGUGGACCAGAAACACGUGUCGCCUCCGCCGGACGCCAUUUUUUAAACACCAGGUUCCCCCCAAAGAAAUGUGAAACGGCGGUUGAAAAAAACAAAUUACCAGCCCAGUGCUGCCAUCUGCGAAACGACACACCAACUAGCCCGCAAACGAGUGUGUCUCGUUUGAACCGCUAAAAGAGAGAUAUUAUCUCGAGCGGACAAGUUACAUUCGUCCAAAACGGUUUUGGGACAGUUCGGCAAAGACGAGCUGCACUCUGAAUAGUAAAAACCAGUCAAAAGACGAAGGACAGAGAAGAGACGUGGCACACACAACGACUCCAAUCGUCGUGUGUGCCACGUCUCUUCUCUGUCUUUCGUCUUUUGACUGGUUUUUACUAUUCAGUAUGUACCAACUGACCCAGACUGCUACUCUACUGAGCUGCACUCGUCCGAAACGAUUGAGGGGUGAAACAACUUUGGAUGAGCAGCUGUAGGAGCUGUGUUUACUGCUCCUAAAAUGGUGUGCACCUUUUUGUAAAGUUCGACAGAAGUAAGGCAACGAUUGCAGGGUUUUACUUUCAUAUAUUGUGUUUCCUUUUUGUAUUGUUUUUAACAGUAGCAAUCUGUGCAAUGCACAACAGAUCAUAAUUGGGAGCGUUUUGGGUACAAUUCAUACUAGACAGAGCGGCAAGACAGUUCCAUCCAUGCGUUUUCAGUUUGAUGUCCCUUGUUCAUACUGUAACCUCCACAUAGUGUUGUAUUCACUGCUGCCACAUAUUUAAUUCAUGGUGUCUAGAUUAAUCACGUACUGCCUUGACUGACGGUGACUUUUUUUUUUUUCAUUCACUCGUGCUUCAUAUGGCCAUAUUGCAUUUCAGUGAACAUGAGAAUAGUUUUUGUGUGUGAUAUAUGUGCGCAAAAUCUAGCAGCCAGUCCCUUGUUACAGGGGUAACCUUGUUGAAACGGGGAGGAGGCAUUACCAAAAUUUAUGCAGGUGUACUACAGUUCAACCUGGAUAUAACGAAAUUGACCAAUUCCCGAAAAACUUCGUUAUAAAGAGGAUUUCGUUAUAUGCAGGUUCAGCACAAAAAUUUGAAAAACAAACGCCCACCUAUACGUAUAAGGCCUGUUUACAAUUCGACGUAAUCGGUGCGCGCCGGCCAGUGUCGUUUGCGGCCAGUCACACUAGGCCGGUUGCGCUGCGCAGGCCGAAACGCCAUCUCCUCCAUACUCCGACGCGCGUGCCGUCGGCUGUUAUCUUCAGAGCAUGCGCAGAACAGUCCCAAGCCUGCGUGCCGCUUUGAACGGCUGUCUGCGACCGUCGGCGAAGCGGUGUGGGCGCCUUUAUUCACGUGAAAUGGCAUUGUGAAUCGGCGCGGCCGGCGCGGCCAACGCGUGAAUGUGUCAGGAGCCAAUUCGGCGCUGGGCCCGUAGGGGUGCGUCGGAAGCCACCGGUUAUGUUGGCUGCGCCGGUGCUGACGUAGCGUGCGCGCGCGGCGCGCUCACGUUCGGCAGAUUAUAAACGGCCCAUAUAUAGUGUCAGGUUAGUGAAGUGAAGCACAUAGACUUGCGCAGUAACCAAAGCGCCAGUGCGUUGAAAAAAAAAGAACGUUUUAUGUUUUCUUCGGCAACAUCAACUGGAAAAGGAGAGUGCCGGCUUGGCGGGCUAGGCCAGCUGCAGCAAGCGGCGGGAUCAGGUUUGAAUGAAAGGAGGGGAAAAGGUCGUGCCCGCAGGCGGCAAGAUCGCCGGGUCGAGGGAUGCAGGCCCGCCUCGCGCACUGCUCGCAUGCAGGCACACAUGCGCUCGCUCUCACCUCGCAGUCGCCGUGCAUUCGAGCACGCAAAAGUGCGACCCCGCCGCUUCGCAUUCCGUCGCGGCGGAGAAAGUGCUUCCGGUUGCUGCUCGCGCAAAAGUGACAAAAUUUGGGGCGAAAUCUCUAGGUUGCCGGCGUGGAAAAUUCGUUAUUUAGAGGGGGUCGCCUGCUGCCACUUCGUUACGUAGAGGUCUCAAAUACAUGUGCUUCUCUGGAGUAACGGCGGGGAAUAGAAAAACUUCAUUAUAUCCAGAAAUUCGUUAUAUGGAGGUUCGUUAUAAGCAGGUUUAACUGUGCUUUUUAUAUUUUCUUGAACACACCAGCGAGGAACUUUUCUCAUGUUAUAUUGGUUUUCCCGGACUUAAUCGUUUGACAUACUAGAAAAGUAUUACACCUAUUGAGGAGAAAAAAGAAUCUUCUUUCAGGGUAGCCACAUCAGUAAAAAGAAGUGGCAGCUUUGUAGAUUAGUUAAUUGCAUGCAGAUAUUUCCUUACCUUAUUGUACACUGUUGGCAAAGCGGGCUGUGUUCCUUUAAAGCAUGUGCAUUGGAUUCAUCGUCAACAUCUACGGUAGAGCAUCCCCGACUGUAAUCAUGCCUCCCCUGUGUCACGUUGGACAAGUGUUAAUAUCUGCACCAUCAUCAGCUGCAUUCUCUUCACAUGUACAUUCACACAAGACCCCGAGUCAAAGAGGAAAGCAGCAUGUGCAGUAUGAAGAAACAGUUGUGUGUUCGACAAACUACAUACAGCCCAAGCUCUCCUAUAAAUGCACAUUGAUCAUUUGAUGGCUAUUGUCGCAAACAAGUUGGCUCAGGGUGCAUAUGGUGUGCAAAGCAAUCUUGCUUUGUCGAUCAAAUUUGCCAGCAUUGCCUUUUUUUGUGUGUGUGUGCUGAUGUUGACAGGCAUUGUAUGGCAUUGUGCGCAUAAUGCGGCUUGCCAAACCCCUUUUCCAUUUUUUUUUAUUGCGGUUUCUUUGUUUUGUCAUAGCGUAAAGUAAGUAUGUACAUACUUGCAACCGGUCUUACGAAGCACACUUUCUGUGACUUCAUUCUGCACGUGAAUUCAUCAUUGAUCUGUAUGGCGUAACCAUUAUGUGUAAAUGUGUAAAUAAAUAUAUUUGUAGUUUGGA